AACCACAUGACUACACCGAGACUGAGAAAACGCAACAGUGGAUUUUUGUUUUAGUAUUUAAUAAAAUGUCAUAUUUAUUUUAAGCCAGGAGUUUUGAUCAUACUCUGCAGUAGUAUCACUUGAGAUGAGGAACAAUUCAAAGGUGCUUUGUAAAAAAAAAUUUUUAAACAGGAUGGUCGUGGAGGUGGAGAGUUUCUAUGGUGUGUAUAUGUUGUACUGUACAAACCCGAAAUUCAAGGGUCGAAUAUAUAUUGGCUUCACUGUGAAUCCAGAGCGCCGUAUCGGACAACACAACGCCGGGCGACACCGAGGAGGAGCCAAGAGAACCAGUGGCAGGGGACCUUGGGAAAUGGUUCUCAUCAUCCAUGGCUUUCCAUCUGAUAUUGCAGCUCUUCGGUUUGAAUGGGCUUGGCAACAUCCUCACAUCUCUCGUCGUUUGUCCCACGUUUCCCGUCGCAGCCGUAAAGAGUCAGGUUUGCAAUUUCACUGGCGUGUGGUGUCAAACAUGUUGCGAGUGGCGCCAUGGAGUCGACUCCCUAUCACUGUGCGCUGGCUAAAGCAGGAGUACCGAAUGGAUUUCGCCCCUGAUUUACAGCCUCCGCUGCACAUUCCUCUAACGUUUGGCUGUGUUCGUGCAAAGAGGAAACCACAACAUGUGCGCAAGGAGCAAGAGGAAAAACAGGUGGAGCUCUGUGUGUUGUGUGGGGAGUUUAUUAAGACUGUGGAUAGACUGUCUUGUUUCCACCCUUCCUGUCAAAUGGUUUGUCACCUCAUUUGCUUGGCUGAACACUUUUUGAAGGUAGACCCCUUCCACCUAAUUCCUGUAGAGGGAAAGUGUCCUGGAUGCCAUCAUUCAGUGCUCUGGGGAAGUUUGAUACUGUAUAAAAAUGCAGACUUGGAAGAAAUGAACAUCUCUUCAUCCCAGAAUCAUUGGACAGAUGAACUACAGUUGUAAAGACCAUUUGAGAAAGCUGUUUUUACAGUAUUAAUUAGACUAUUCAAAACAACAGCUCAUUCAGGUUGGGACAUCUGCAUUAAGAAAUUAUUCAGUUGUCAAGGAUUCAGAAUGAGAUAUUUACAGUAAUGACUGGAAAGUGUGUUUUUAAAGCAAUUAUAAAAAAUAUUUUUAAAUUUAGCCAUAUUGUAUGUAAAAUCCUGUAUGGUCAUAUUUAUUAAAGGUGCCCUAUGAAGAAAAUUUGGGUAUACUGUAGUAAAUUUCUGAACCCAAGCCAGGACACUCUUUCAAGCAGAAUUCUUUAUUGAGAAUGUGUUGGUUGUUAUUCUUCAGGAGUCGACAUGAGUCUGCAAGAGUCUAUAAGAAACUAAUCUAGUCAGUGUUGCCCUGUGUAUUAUAUGUUUUAGAAGGGGCAGUGGUAAGGUGGAGGUGGCUAAACAAGUCAUGCAGAUGUGGCAGAAAGUUGAAAGAACCUGUCUAGACACUAACCAGACACCUGGCCAAAUCUAAUCAACAAAAAGUGUUCCUUUGGCCUGAAUGGCCAAAAAUGCAAAUGCACAGUUGUUGAGGCAUUUACAUCAUUUUAAGAUCUGUCAAUGCUCAGGAUGGCAAAAGGUUUAAUGUCUCGCGGCAUGCCUCAAGCAUGCACUUUAGGUCAGGUUUUGCAUCAUCCAGACCUGAUGAGCAGUCACGCAUCAGAUUACUAGACAAAACACAGACUGAAAUGUUGCAAACAGGAUCACUAAUAUGCACACCACUGUUUGUGUUUGAUAAGCCUCAACAUUUCCCAGUGAGACAAUGAUUAUCUUCCUCCCUUAGUUAUUUUAAAGUUUUUUUUAAUAUAAUAUUUAACUUGCUAUGCAUGUUGGACUUUUAUUUUGAAAACAAGAGAUUGUUUACUGAGCAACAACUGCAUGAGCCACAUGCUCAUCAGAAUGCAAAAUGUUGGAAAUAUGGAUUCUAAAUUUAUGCAGCUUCACCCCAAAGAGGUGUAAGGUUGUACCUUUUGUUUCUUUAUUGUGUUUAUUUGGAAAUUUGAUGAGUAUAUUUCAGCAAACAUGUGUAGACUGCUGAAUCUUGUAUCACUCAACUAUAUUUUUUCUUGAGUGAAAAAAAUACACUUUAAUAAACAUCAUCUGUUUAUGCAAA